AUUCAAAUAAGCGAACUUUUUAGCAAAAACUUUUAGCUGGGAUGGAAUGGUGUGUGAGGGGACUGUGAACCUCUCAGUGGACGUUUUACGUCACGGCUGGAAGUGACGUCACUGCAGGCGAUAAGGCGCCAGGGCUGACCAGUGGGUGUCAGGGGAUGUGCCAGUGACCCGCCGCACCAGAGGAGCUGGCGAACCGGCUGUGGACGACCCGAACUGCGCCGCUCAGCAUGGUGGAACGCCGCCGGAGAGCAGUAUCGGUCACCCUGGCCGUGCUGCUCCUACUCUGUGACGUCAUCGGAUACGCCUUGGCGAGAGAGUGUAACAAAGUGGGAUGCUGUUAUGACGACGAUCGCACCCAUCUGACCUGCAGCUUCAGUGUCCCUGAGAUUAACAUACUACUGAGAGGGGCACCGAACUUGGAAGAAGCUAGAAUUCUACGAGGUCGAAGCGUUUGGUUAAAACGCGACGCAGUGUCCUCCAAUCACAACCUACGCAGAAUGCUUUUCUCCGACAUCGAAAGGCUAGUUUUGGAGGAGAGCACCGAGGUGCAAAUAGAAGCCGACAGAAACGUCUCGCUUACAGUGAAGGACGUUGGUGAACUGCAAAUAAGAAAGUCGGCCUUCCUCGGCUGGCACAGCAAACUGGCGACCCUGUCCGUCACAAACGCAGACAGCGUGUACGUCGAGACUGACGCCCUGCCGUUCGACUCGAUGUUCCACCGUGUGGAGUUCUCCAACGUCAGCACCCUGACACUGGAGACGGGCGCGAUCGGCGGCAUGAUCAGCUCCCUGCAGCUCGAGAACGUCCGCUCUUUACGGCUGAGCCCCGGAGCCAUCAGCGGCAAACUCGGAACCCUGAGCCUCCGGAAUGUCGAGGCCGACGCAUGUCCCCCGCACGCGUUCGGAGGGUCCACAGACGUUUUACUCCGCUCCGUGACACUUUCGAGUGUGGAAUCGCGCUGUCUGGACGCCAGUGGGGGCUGGAAACGGCUCGCCAUGGACGACUGCACCUUGGGCCACCUGUCGCCGCGCAGCAUCCACGGCACCAUCGGAAACAUCACCGUCUCCCGCUGCCGGAUCGCCAGCGCCAGCCCGGCAGCCGUCAGCGUGAACGCCACCCUGCUGCACGUCUCCAGCACCUCCGUCGGCGAGCUGAGCUCGUGGGCGCUGCAGGUGGCGUCCGCAGACUCGGUGUCCCUCCACCGGCUGAAGGUCGGCUUCCUGCGCCGCGAUGCGCUGAGGGGCCUGCAGCUGACCGAAUCGGACGGCGGCCUCUCGGUGGACGGUCUGAGUGUGGAGCGCGCGGAGCCGGGUGCCCUGAGGCUCUCCGCUGCUGCACCGGUCGCGCUGACCGACCUCCAGCUGACUGGCGGCUGUGCCUGCAGCACCCCCAGCUGGGCGCGUCAGCUCCUGUUGGGCGCCUCCAAUGGCGCACGGAACGCCUCUGGCUUCCGAGGAACCGUGAACACAAUCACGGAGGAGCAGGACGCAUUACUACGACAAAUCGAGGCCGGAAACUGUACCGUCGAAGGCAUUUCGCUGGGCGAGUUCACCGCUCAGCACUGCGGUACACCGGCCGGCGCCGGCGGUCUGAAAGGUCAGUCAGACGACCACGCCCCUCUGGCGCCCGGUUGGUCGUACCUGGGCGUGGCGGCCCUGGCGAGUCUCCUACUGGCGCUAACCGUGCUUCUCAUCAUCAUCGUCGUCCGGUGUUGCCGCCGUCUGCCGAAGAGUCGCUCCGACCGGCCGUGGCGAUCCGAACCGGCCGGCGCCGACUGCGUCGGUCAGCACUCGGCAGGCGGGAAGACAGCGCCCGGCAGCCCGGGCGCCUACUGCCGACUGGUGAUUCCCGGUGACACCGGGCAGUCGCAGGCGAUCUACUCGGAGGUGGCCGACCCUCCGAUGGCCGCCCGUCCGUCGGAGUCGGCGCACCCCAACUCGCCGGAGGCGCGCGCCUGCACCUGUCCGCCGACCGCGCGGUACGCCGUCUCGGCCGACACGGCCGGCUGCAGCUGCCAGCCGGAUCGUCUGAGAGACGCCGAGCACACGUAUGCAAACAUGCCCGGCGCCGGCAGAGUUGACGCCUCGGCCGCCGACGCACGCGCCGAUCAGGAUGCCGCGCAGUCACCGCUCCGCCGCGACUCUCAGGUGGAGGCGGCCGCGGCGGAGGAGCGCGGGCCUGUCCUCGCAGCCGCAGCGGUCGUGCAGUGUCCUGAAACCGAUGACCUACCAGAGUACGCCGAGAUCGCGCCGGUGCCCCCGCUCGGCGAGCCGAUUUCAGCGGACCCAGCUGCCGAAAUGGUCAGGAACGAGCUCUACAUAUCGGCCGUGUGAUAAGCGAGGUUGACCACGGACUCGAUAUGCUUGGUUGUAAGGUACGCGAUUGUGAAAAUACGCUUUUUUAAGGCGCGAUAUUGUGAUAAUGGCUCGUGGACUGGACAGAAGAGACCUUGAGUUGUAUGGAGCUGAAAUGUUGAGGCAUGCCGUGAUGGAAAUAUACUCCGUAAUAAUACAGCUUAGAUUCAUAAAUAUGGAGAUAAAGAUAGACCAGUAAAACGCCUUUUGACCGAAGACGAGCGAGCGAGAGAGUGAGCCCUGCACGCGCGGAAGGGCGAGAGGGUACUUCCAACUGGCUUGUGCACUGCACCCUACCAACCGGUCUCUAGCCGCUCAUCAAAUUUGAGCGCAGUCGUCACAGCCGUUCUCGAGAUCUGGAAACGCCCCCUGCACGUGCGCACGUGCAGUAGCACCCUUAUCGUAACCCAUGGGAAUGCAGUGCCUGGUGGGUGCCUUAUACAUACAUGUCAAGUUUAGGCGAAAUCGCGCCAGUGAUUUCCGAGUUAUUGUAAUGGGAACAAACUUGACACCUCUUUUCUUUGCAUUUUGCACGUGCACUGGGGGUGACCGACAUGCAUCGAGAGUGUCCGAUGUUUCGCAGAAGGGACGCAGCCCUACAAAAAAAACGCAAAUCAAUCGCCCCAGCGGUUGCCGAGAUAUAGGCUUCUCAAUAUCGCUACUUCAGCAGAACAACUUGAACAUCCUUUGCUUUCCACGUGCCACAUGCCACGACGUCACCUAGACACAUCAAGAAAGGUCCAAUACGGUGUACAAGGUAUGUGGCUACCCAUCAAAAAGACCGCAGGUCAAUCUGCCCAGCGGUCGCUGAGUUACAGGCCUAUCAAAAGCGUUACAGGCCAAGUCGGGUCGGGUCGGGCCGGGUCAGGCCGCUCAUACUGAGAUUCGCCCGUUAUAUUGAAAAAGA